UCAGUGUGUGACUGCGUGUCAGAGAGAGAGUAACGGGCUGAAAGACAGAGCACAGAGAAAGAAAAAGUGAUAGAGAGAGAAAGGUAAAAGAAAAACAACAAUGGAUUAAAUGAAAGCAGUGCUGUAAAAGAAACAUUUUCCUCUGAUAUUUUGGAGCGUCUGCUGCUGUUCUGUGUCUGCUGUGGAUCCAUCUGAAAACACCUCAGUCUUUGUGUUUGCGCCUUUUGCUUUUAUGCUGGAUUACAGAUACAGAAGGAUCUACAAUGUGGUGACCAAGCCCCUCUACUUGAAAGCUUUACUGACAGAGUGCGAUGUCGCCUGGGUGCAAGAAGCAACAACACAAAUAAGAGCGAGCUGCUCCAAAUGCUCAAACUACAGUUCUGAAGAGUCUAUCCUAUAGUGGAAACAGCAGGAUUUACAGCCCUGGGAAUGAAAAGCUAAGGUCUGUAGGGGGUAUUGUCAGAGUGGAAGGAAAUUUACCAAAGCCACCCUGUCAGAAGAACCAUCUGACCAAUCAUCAGAGGGUAGGAGUACAAGUGAACAGCUGGAGGGAGAGAAAUGUUGGGAAAGGGUGGGCAUGCUGCCCUGACUCUCUUGUCAUUACUGCUGCUGCUGUGGCAAGAAAUAGCAGGCAUCGAAGUUCCUCAAGAUCCAAAGAUUCAGCAAGACCUGAAGCAACCCCCCACCAUAAUCAAACAGUCAGUGAAGGACUACAUUGUUGACCCCAGAGAUAACACCAUCAUCAUCGAGUGUGAAGCUAAAGGCAACCCAGUGCCAACGUUUUCAUGGAGGAAGAAUGGAAAGUUUCUCAACAUUGGCAAAGAUCCAAGAGUGACAAUGAGAAAACGCCUAGGAACCCUGGAGAUAGCAUUCCGCAACGGAGGACGACCAGAAGACUAUGAAGGAGAGUACCAGUGUUUUGCCGCUAAUGAUCUUGGAGUGGCUCUGUCCAACAAAAUACUGUUCCGAGUCUCAAAGGCUCCUCUGUGGCCUAAGGAGGAACUGGAGCCAGUGACGGUGAUUGAAGGCUCCUCUCUUGUUCUACCGUGUAACCCACCCCCAGGCCUGCCUCCUCCAAUAAUAUUCUGGAUGGACAGCAAUAUGACUCCCAUCCCCCAGGAUAGGAGAGUGUCUAUGGGUCUGAAUGGAGACCUGUACUUUUCCAAUGUUUUGGCCCAAGAUGGUCAAAAAGACUACAGCUGCAAUGCUCGCUUCAACUUUACUCACACCAUCCAGCAGAAGAACCCCUUUACCCUCAAAGUUCAGACCAUGGAGCCAUAUAAUCAAACAUCUUACAAUGCCUCUGAUCCUUAUGGUGGCCGCAAAGUAGCAGAGUUCCCGCCAACCUUCCUCUCUCCCUCAGGGAGUGAGAGCGUGAAAAUGGUCCUACGAGAUGAGCAACUGCUUUUGGAGUGCAUUGCUGCUGGGCUUCCGACUCCCACUAUCAAGUGGUUUAAGAGGGGUGGAGACCUGCCAGCUCAAAAGGUGAAGUUUGAGAACUACAAUAAGACCCUAAGAAUUGUCCAUGUGUCAGAGGAGGAUGCUGGGGAGUAUGUUUGCAGGGCAAUCAACCAUUUAGGCAGUGUACGCCAUUCCAUCUAUGUUGAGGUUAAAGCGGCUCCUUACUGGUUAGACAAACCUACAAACCUGGUGCUAGCCCCAGAGGAGAAUGGCCGUCUGGUGUGUCGAGCCAACGGCAACCCAAAACCCGACAUUCAGUGGCUUAUGAAUGGAGAGCCAAUAGAAAGUGCUCAACCAAGUGUAAACAGAGAAGUGCUUGGAGAUACCAUUCUGUUCCAUAAGGUACUGAUGGAAAGCAGUGCGGUUUACCAGUGCAACGCCUCCAACCAGCAUGGCUACCUGAUGGCCAAUGCCUUCGUCAGUGUUCUCGAUAUGCCUCCAAGGAUGCUGGGGCCCAAAAAUCAAUUAAUCAAAGUCCUUGUGAACAACCGCACCUUCCUCAACUGCCCUUUCUUUGGCUCCCCUUUGCCUGUUUUACGCUGGUUUAAGAACGGCCAGGGCAGUGGAUUGGAUGGUGGUCAGUACCGGGCAUACAUCAAUGGCACCUUGGAGAUAAAACGGGCUCGAAAGGAGGAUGAGGGCAUCUACACCUGUGUGGCUAACAGCAUCUUGGGCAAGGCUGAGAACCAGGUCCAGCUGGAGGUUAAAGAACCAACUCGUAUAAUUCAAGCUCCCACAAAUCAGUCAGCUGUGAGGCGCUCUAAAGCUCGCUUCCACUGCAAGGUGGCGUCAGAUUCCAGCCUGUCCACCAAGGUGACCUGGACCAAGGAUGGAGAGCCCUUGUAUCUGGGAGGGAGGCUGAAGAAGGAUGAAGAGUCCCUGACUAUCUCCUCUGUCAGUGAGGAUGAUGAGGGAAUGUACACCUGCACUGUUAAAUCUGAGAUAGACCAGGACUCAGCCUCUGCCCGCCUCACUGUCUUAGAGGACGCCUCCCCCAUCCCCUUGCGUCCAGACCGUCCAGAUCCACCAAUGGAUCUGGAUUUGUCAGAUGCAGCAGCCCGUAGUGUUCGCCUCACUUGGAUUCCUGGAAACGACCACAGAAGCCCUGUCAUAGAGUUCUUGGUUCAAUUUGAGGAGGAUCGCUGGGAGCCAGGCAGAUGGCAAGACCUGUCCUCUUUCCCUGGAGACCUCAACUCUGUCAUUCUGCAGCUCGCCCCCUAUGUCAAUUAUCAGUUCAGGGUCAUUGCCAUAAACGCAGUGGGUCGGAGUCAACCUAGUCGACCCUCACCUCGGUACAAAACCACUGGGUCACCCCCAGAUGCCAUCCCCAGAGAUUUACGUGGAUGGGGCUCCAAAAAGGACAAUAUGGAGAUCACCUGGGAGCCACUCCAUGAUCUCGAAAGAAAUGGCCCAAAUUUGCAGUACAAUGUGUGGUGGAGACGAAAAGAUUCUGGGGAUGACUGGACCAAUGUGACCACAUUCCAGUCCAAAUAUAUUGUUCAUCCCACUGAAACAUAUGUGCCUUAUGAAAUAAAAAUCCAAGCCAGGAAUGAGUUGGGAUCAGGACCUGAAUCCAAUGUCGUCAUUGGAUUUUCUGGAGAGGACAAGCCAACAGAAGCCCCCACUGAGCUGCAGGUCUCUAAGGUUGGCAGCACUAGUGCAAAAAUCCACUGGAAGCCUGUUGAUCUGAGUUCUGUCCAAGGGGAGUUCAAGGAGUACAGAUUGUACUACAGCCGCGAGUCCAGUCUGGUACCAGGGCUGGUGGUGAGUAAGGAGAAGAAGACCACUGGUUUCUACACGACUGUGCCAGAACCAUCUGGGAUUCUCAAAGACUUGGUGCCCUACUCUAGAUAUCAGAUGUUCAUGGUUGUGGCGAACAACCGCUUUGAAAGUCCACCCAGCAACAAUGUCAUAUUUAUUACUGAGGAGGACGUUCCGGAUGCUCCACGGUUCUUCAGGAUUAAUCGCAGAAGUCUGGACACCCUCUACUUGCAAUGGGGCAAACCUUUAGAACCCAAUGGCAUUCUUAUUGGCUACCAGCUCAUAUAUCAUAGAGUAAAUGGUUCCAGACUGGGUCCCCAGCAGAUUCAGACUUUUCUUCAAAAUGAGACAGAAUUUACACUCCGCCUGCCGGACCGAUCUGCACGCUACAAGUUCAAUCUGUCAGCGCUUACCAAGGUGGGAGCAGGAGAGGUUUAUGCGGAAGAGUCCCCACACUUUACCAAUGAAGAAAACUUUACUGAUGCUACAGAUGUAGUUAAGCUUACGGACGCCACCCUGUCUUCUGUUUUCUCUCCUACUCCUACUCCUCUACCUCCUCUUCCUCCUACUACCAUCCCUCCUACAACAAGUAGUACCACAACUGCUACCCCUCUUCCUACUACCACUUCCACCACUACCACUACUACUACCACUGAGGCAACUACAACCACAACAACUCCUGUACUGGUCACCACCAAGCGAGUUGAUCAGAAUGUCUUGGGUACAUCUCCUCGGCGUGAGAUCUGGAAUCUGACGGUGGUUCCUAACAGUGACUACGCUAACGUCAACUGGAGUCACAACUUACCAGCCGACAGCAAGUUUGUUGUAGAGGUCACUCUGGACAGCAACAAGACAAUGACAGUUGAAGAAGUGAAACAACCACCCAUUAAUUUGAGGGCUCUGAUUGCUGGUGAGAAGUACCGCCUGAGGGUUUACUCCCAAGAGCUCAACAGCGUCAGCAGCAAAUUUGUCAUCUUCAAAACUAAAGCAGCUCACAUAGACCAGGUUGACAUAGCCACUCAGGGCUGGUUCAUUGGAUUGAUGUGUGCCAUUGCUCUCAUUAUACUGAUCCUCCUCAUUGUCUGCUUCAUCAAGAGGAGUCGUGGAGGCAAAUACCCAAGUCCUGGUUUCCUGACUGGUUUCACAAAAUAUCUAGUUCGUGACAAAAAAGAUCUCCCCCUGGACCCAGUGGACCAGAAAGAUCAGGAUGGAUCCUUUGAUUACCAGAACGAAAAUGAAAACAGCAGCGAUGAGGACAACAAGCCUCUGCAGGGUAGCCAGACCUCCCUGGAUGGCAACGUAAAGGAAAGUGAUGACAGCCUUGUGGACUACGGGGAAGGAGGCGAUGGGCAGUUUAAUGAGGAUGGCUCUUUCAUCGGUCAGUACACAGUGAAGAAGGACAAGGAUGAGACAGAGGGAAAUGAAAGCUCUGAGGCCACGUCUCCUGUCAACGCCAUCUACUCGUUGGCAUAGCGGAGCAGUGAUGCUCUGCAGAACUCGGACUCUCCUGUUGACCACCUCACCGUACACAAGACACAUACUUGAUAAUAUGAAUAUCUAACACAUGGUAGACACAAAAAGCAAGAGGGGCUUUCUGGAGACUGUACAGGCUCUCCUGUAGCGAUAAAGCUGAAGAACAUAGGGGUAAUCUUAGACCACAAGCCUUUAAUUUUUGUUUCCGGCGCUAAUAACAUGAUCCAUCGGAGGUGAUCUUUGGACAAAUGGAAGAAGUCUCCAUGCCUGCUCUUUACCCACACAAACUUGAAGUGUGCCUUCAGGGCAGCCUUGGAUGCAUCAGCAAGCAGUCUUUGUUUUGUUUCUGUUUUUCAGUCAUUUCCCUGCUGCUCUGCCUGAGAUGCUCCUCUGAGUUGCAUCCCACUAAAUCUGACAGUGAGAUUAAGUCCCUUGCGUGUCCACUCUGACCCCAACCUGUGACAUAUCAGCCUCUCACCGUUAAUCUGAACAGGAUGCUGGCAGAUAUGUUUAUCAUAUUGAUACUUGCGCAAUGAAUGAUUUUACUUUUUUCACAGCUGGUUGACGAUGUGUUGAAUCCUAAUAAAUGCUGUACACAGUCCAGGCACACAUUUUAGUGCCCCUUGAAACUAUGCACAACCUCCAUAACAUUUUCAGUUAAAUCUGGUUUAUACAAAUAUACUUUAGGUUUCUGUUAAUCAUCUUAAAUCUGAAACGAUUUGAUUUUAUCAACAUUUUUUGUCUCUAAUGUUCAAUCCAAUAUUUUAAUCCAGAUGUCGUGUAAAAAAAUAAAAUAAAAUCUAGCACCUGCACAGGCUUCUGCCCCUCUAACAUUCUACUGUAAAAAUAGUCAAUUUUUGGAAUAAAGAUUUAAAAAAUAACAAAUUUUGGACCAUGGUAGUAAAACAUGCGCACUACAUAGAAAAAAUAAAAAGUGUUUAUGCAAGAAACACCAAAAGAUCUGUUAAUGUCCUCAUAAGCAAGUAAUCUGCCACUGAAUUGAUUUGAAAUUGCAUCGCUCUGCUUCUUUGCAACCAUGUCGCUUGCAUUAUUCUUUUACUUCUACUAUUAUCAAAACAUCAAAUGUGAUGUAACAACCACAUUUGGAUUUAUGGCAAAAAAGAUUGUCUAUAACACACACAUGCAUGAUUCAGAUGAUAAAAGCAGACUUGAGGGUUUGGGGGAUUUUCUGAUAAAUCAAUUUAACUUGAAAUUCCUUAAAUGCAGCCUUUACAAUGUUUGACAGUUGGAAGAAAGGACUAUGGAGAUAACCAUAAAGGACCUCUGUUUGCUUCUGUGGACAUGGACGAAGAAGUGUGUCCAGACUUACAUUAGGCUCAUGCUUACAUUCAUUACUUAACUCUUAAACCAAAACAGACAGCUGUUUUCCACUACAAUAAACAAAACAAUUUUCAAUUUGAGGUGCUGAGAUGUUAUCACAUCAUCAAGAAAGUCAUGGCAGAAGGGAUUUUUAGGUUUGUGCAAUACACCACAAGCAUUCUCAUGACAGGUAAAAUUAGUACUGUUCUGUCUAAAUCCAACUUUAUGAAAACAUCCACAUCUCUGCCCCCCCCCCCCCCCACCACCACCACACACACACACACACACACACACACACACACACACACACACACACACACACACACACAUACACUCCAUUACCUCCUCUUUAAAGAGGCUGGCAUUAUAAUAUUUGUUUUUUGGAGAGAAAGGCUUUACAAUCAUAUUUACUCAGUAUUUCACAGUUUGUCUGGUCUGUUUGGUUGGCUCAUGUUCAGUUAAAAAUUGUCAAUAGUUAAGUUUGUAAUUUCUUUACAUUUAAGUAAUUGUUAACUGUACAUCAAUUUAAUGUAUUACUUUAUUUUAGCCUCCAGGGUGUUGUUUCAGCCACUCAAAGACACUAACACUACAAUGAAAAACAGAAUUGAUUUUUAGUUUGCUUAACACUCUAUGUAAAUAUUUAAUUUAUAUAACUGUUACAAAAAUAGUAUUAAUAUUAAUUCUACAUUAUACUCAUAUUUAAUUUAACAACAAAAUACACAUUUUACCUUUUAUUGUGACUGCAUUAUAUGUGAAAAAUAGAAGCACACCAAAAUGAAAAUAACUUCAUGAACAUUUUGUUCUUUUUGUUGUUGUUGUUGCAUUAAGAAAAAGCCCCCAUAAAUAACACAAUGUUUUUAUCAAUGGAAAAAGUCAGAGUUCUGUUUGUUGUUCUGCUCCUGUUGUCUUUAUCAUGUAUUCAUGCUUUCAGUGUGUUCUUAUUUGCUUAUAUGUAAUGUAAUCCUCCUCCCCUGUCUGCCACCACACACACAGACACACAAAACAGACCACACCUGCUGUAUAGUACAGCUCUAGUCUUAUUCAGCUACUAUUAGGUACUUAUUCUAUACAUGUAGGUCCUGGAAGAAGAUAUCUUACAAAUUGAAAAAUGUAUUCAUUGUUCUCCAUUAAUUUUUUUUUAUUUUUUUUUGGAAAGACAAAACAAAGUCACAAACUUGUAUCUCCAAGCAGUACCUAGGUUUCAUCUGUAGCCUGUCAUCAUCAUUGACAAACUACUUCUACUCUUACAAAGUAACAAGUCUCUAAUAUGGGAAAAGUUUUCCUCUAUCAUUUAACACCAAUAAAAGUGCCAUGUUGCACCUAUGUGCUCUACACCAACAGCAUUGCUGCCUUUGCAAAGCAUUCCUGCAUUCAGUGUUGUCCUGAACUAUUAGUUAAAGAAGCAACGCAUCUAUCUGGCCUUUGACUUAAUUAAAUAUCUACUGUAUUUUCAUUUGCAUUAAGACAUACUCCAUCAGCAGCUAUGACUGACUCAUGAGGGAUUUUACCAGGAACACCCCACAUUUUCUUCCAGGGUUUCAAAACCCUAAAGCGUUGACUGCAGGUGCAACUAUGUUGUUGUUAUUCAAUUAAAAAAAUGUUAGGCAUGCACAUUCUUCCCAUGUGGGUCAGGAAAUGCUUUCUCUGCCAACUAGCUGGCUGUUCUCACCUAUUUAUUUCAUUUUCAUCAAAUGUUUCCUUCAACUACUAAAUGAUCUAAAAUGUAAUCUUCUUUUUUAAGGGUUAUUCCAUUGAAAGUAAUUUAGUUGGUCUGCUGACAAAUUACAAAACAAUGCAGCGGAAAAUGAUCAAUUUGCACAGAAUUUUAUGGUAGAUGUUCCCUAACCAGGCCCAUAAUACGCUGCAAGAAUUUGUACUUCUGAAUAGUUUCAGUUGCUGUUCUCAUUCUGAAAAGGUUUGCUGUAAGACAAACUGUUCAUGUAGUGCAGAACGGGGAGGAGUUGAUCUCUUGAUCUUUAAAACAAAUAUUUCUGUGGCAAGCUGCCUCCUUAUUCUCACUCAUUUUAAAACAAAAUAGGUGAUUAAUAAAAAAAAUCCACAUUACUUAUUCUAUGCUGAAAUCCAUUUUUUUAUUCUGUCUUUGUGAAGUUUUAAUUAGUUGGGUAAUGUCUUGGAUGACAUUGUUCUGUAGUGUAUGGUUAUUUUAAACAGACAUGUUGACAAGCUUGAAGCUGCAGCUGAAGCAGAAAGUAAGGGAAGGAAAUCCCUGAAGGAUUAAACAGAAAGUUGAAACGUCAGUUGGAACUCCCUCUUCUUUUGAAGAUGUGGUCUGGAAACGUGUAUCCUGCAGUCCCAUCUACUUACAUGCUCCCUGAGUGAACCUCUGGGGCAAAUGUAAACUGACUUCAAAAUCAAGAAACCAUCUGCAUUUGUGUUGAUUCUUAGCAAUAUUAUUUUGUCCAACAGUACACAUUGUGAAAUAAAAUUUCAGGUUUGUUUUCCUUCCUUACAGAAUGCUUCAAACUUUAAAAUCCACUUUUGAAUUUGGAUUUUGUAAAUGACAGAUCACAUGACAUGAUGUAUGGCUUUGUAUGAACUGUCAUAAUUGCAUCUCAUUUUUUACCAUGCACAUCUCAGCAGCUUGGUCAAUUCUUGCUUCAACAUGCAAAGUAAAGCAUUUGUAAAAUACUCAAGUAAAAAUGUAUACCCACCAUAUAUGCGUGUAUGAGAUGUUGCAACUUCUGCUAGCAACAGCUUAUUUAUAGUAAAGCUAUCUCCUUUUCUCUAC